AUGAUAGUGAGUUUAUUUGUAAUAUUUUAUUUGAUCUCUAUUAUUAAUAAUAUUGUACAUGGAGGAUUGAUAGUUACACCACCAAAACUUGAAUGUUUAGAAGAUGGAUUAAGAAUUCAUUUCAAUCCAUCUGGAAUAUUUAAUGGCCAUAUAUAUGUAAAAGGAUUUUUUUUCUCUCAAUAUUGUCAUCUUGAUUAUGCUAAUUAUCAAAUUUCAACACCUUUUUAUUUUCAAAUACCAUAUGAUAGUGAAUGUAAUGUAAAAAAAGAAAAAACAAAUAAUCCAAAUGGUAUAAAUUAUAGUGUCACAAUAGUAGUUCAAAAUCAUAAAUUAUUUCUUACUGAUAAUGAUCAGGCUUAUCAAAUUAAUUGUUUUUUCCGUGAAAAUCGUACUGAACCAAAUCAUUUAUAUACACAAUCAAUUCAAAUUAAUGAUGUUAAUGAAACAAAAAUUGAUAAUAAUCCUUUUGAAACACAACCAAUUUGUAAUUAUCAAGUUUUAGGAGGUUCAGAAAAUGGUACAAUUGUACAAUUUGCUUCAAUAGGAGAUAUUUUAUAUCAUAAAUGGACUUGUGAAACAUCAGAAAUGGGAAUGCUUGUUCAUAGUUGUAUUGUAAAAGAUUCAAUACAAAAUUCUUUUGAAUUAAUUGAUGAACGUGGUUGUGUAACAGAUAAUACAUUAAUGCACCCAUUGAAUUAUAGUAUUGCACUAAACUCUGUUUAUGCUCCAAUACCGGCUUUUAAAUUUGCUGAUCAAAUGAUGUUAUUUUUUUCAUGUCAAAUUACAUUAUGCAAAAAAGCAUUUAAUGGUUGUGAAGGAAUAACUCCACCAACUUGUAGUUUUAUAGAUUUACCUGAUCAAGGUGGUAUACCAAUGCCUAUUGUUACUAAAAGUGGUACUUCUUCCGGUCAACCUUUAAUAACAUUAACAGAAGAAGAAAGUUCAGGAAGACCAUUUUUAUUAAAUAAUGAUAAUUUAUUUGCACCAAAAUUUGAAAAUUCACCAAAUACUUUUUCUACACUUCCAUCAAAUAUUAUGGUUAAUUCUUAUGGAUACAAUUCAACAUCAUUAUCACCAAUUAAAAAUAAUAGAGAUAUUAUACAAGGAGUAGUUCAAAAACCAAAUUCAUUAAUACAUUUAAGUCGUUUUCCAUCAAAUUCAAAUAAGUCAAAUUUAAAUGAUACCCUAACAUUAGAUGUAGUUGCUGAUCAAUUAAUUGUUUUUGCCAAAGAUGAUGCAAUAAAAGCAAGUCCAUUAAGUAAUCCAAAUCUUAUUUAUUCAACAAAAAAUUGUCAUUAUCCAAUGUUUCCAUUAAUUAUAUUUUUAAUGUUAAGUAUAAUAACUUUUGGUAUAUUAAUUGUAGGAUUAUUAUGUCAAAGAAAAUAUUAUGAAAAAAAAAUUGAAAAAUGGCAUGGUUUUUUUACACCAUUAGAAUUAAAUUAUCAAAGACCUAUUGGUAUACAUCCAAGAGAUUUUUAA